GAUGCCAAAGCCAACGUCUUUGUAAGUUAUACAAGCAAUUCAUUAAUACAUGAAUUACAAUUACUAAUAAUACAUUAACAAUAAUACACACCUAAUUAAAAGUAUACCUAACUUUUUACCAAAGCUAAUUAAAACUGCUUUGAAUUAACUAAAGCUUCAAAUUUUUUUCACAAAUUGAAUUGACUUGCUCAGCGACUCAUCACAGUCAAAUCGAUUUGUUUACCUAAUCAUAACCAAAUUGAAUUUAUUUAUCAAAGCUAACUAAAUUAAUUUGGUGAAUUAGGCAAUUCGUUUAAAAUUUUGUUAAUAAGCUGAUUUGAUUUACUCCAUCAAGGUGCCCUUCGCAAUUGUUUAAAUCAAGUAAAUUGCUAAAUCUCUUGCAUCAAUUUUAAAUCGAUCAUAUAAACUUUGUGCGUAAAAUUGAUGUCAACAAUUUUGUUCCAUUCGGUUACUGCUUCUAUGCACGUUCUCGAACACCUUUAAGGUUACGUGAUAACCCUCACAGCAUAAUUUGCUAAUGCUAUUUAAUUGUUUAACAAUUAAUUACCCCACUUGUGCAUCUAUUCAAAAUUAGACGCACCACUUAAAUGAGCUUACAAUAGUAACAAUCCAGUUGCAUACAACGUAAAGCAACUGCACAUGCAACGCAAUUAUGGCGGAAGUUGUAAACAGUCCCACCCAAUAAGACAAUCUCGACACGUUAAAACAGCUUGUAAGCAACCUAAUUAACUCAUUCACUGCCAGCCAUUUCCUGAGCAGGGAACCCCAUUUUUUUUAGCAAUUUCACUCAUUUUUCAAGCCCCACAGAAUAUUGUGUGCUAUGACUAUGUAAACACCAAAACCUCCAAAAUAAAAUCAGGCUCUCUUUUUUUCAUCAGAAAAAAACUGUCUCUAGCUUACGCCAUUCUUUAGUAAUCAGAAAGUAAGUAAACUUUCAGCCAAAUCUGUUUCUGGAGGAAAAAAAAAUGAGAAAACAGCCUUUUUGUGAAAGCAGACACAUCAAGCAGAACAAUGACUUUGACACCAAUAUUUUGUUUUGUUUUGUGAAAAUAUCAAACGUGAACAUAAAAGACUGAAAAAAUACUUUUGACAGAAAAAUAAUUUAUUUACAAGUGUAACUGUACAGAAUUUAUAUUAGACAAAAAUGCAUGAACAAAUGGGGCUCCCACACUUGCACUUUUUCCCUCCUCUACCGUUUGUCCAGGUUUUUAUUACCUUGCGUAUAAAAACUAGCAAAGUUUGAUCCACUUCUGGAUUUUAUUCUUCGGUGGCAGUGAAUGGGAUCUUGCGUGGUUGUCAUUGUCCUGGAAACCAGUUCAUUCUCCUUAAAGCACAACCUGUGCAGUUUAGAAAGACAACUAAUUACUAAAAAUUACAUUGUUGAAAUUGCUGACGUGGAGAAAAAAAAGCUUUCAAUUACCUUUUUUGUCUGCACUGCGUCCUGGAAUGGGGUCGGACGUCUGCUGGAUUUAUAACCUGUAAGUUUUAAAAAAUACACACCAUUACUGGAGAAUACAUUUUAUUGAUGACGUGUUUUGCAAGGGUAAAAAAAAAAGUUACUUUUCUUCGUCGCAAUCGUAAAAGACGGGUGUUGAAUUCCUGCAAGAUGGACGUAGUGGAAAAUUCAAAUCAGUACUGGCAACAGAUGUGACAUUGCAAUGUGAACUAGUGGGACUAAAUUAUGUUUUUAUGAAUAGAAUUUUUGAAGGAGUGCUAAAUGUAGCUAACGCGAGCUGCAAACGAGUUGUCUUCGUCUGAAGAAGCUCGGGAUGAAAUUCGGCUGGCUAUCCAGACGGCGUUCACUCAUCACGAUUCCGGAUUCCAUUUACUCUAAUCCUGGUCGAGAGACGAUCAGCUGGCAAGCGGCUGAGAGGAUCUCGCCAUAUGUAUUGGCCGGCAUUUUGCGCGAUAGCUUUGCAACAAAGCGAUCGCUCGGAGCGUCAUUCUGACUUGGCGCAGCAUCCUUUAUUCCCCCGUCAUUCCUGUCGGUCGCAGGAAUAUUAUGCAGAAAAAGACCAACACAUAGCUAUCGGAUCACAAUAUUUUUGAGAUAUCACAAUAAUGAUUCGCACCAAAACUUUGAACAGUUGCCGGUAAAUACGGAAUCCCGGUCCUGUCCGCCCGAGCAUGACAAACCCAAAUGGCACAGACACUGAAAGUAAACGCAGGCGUUCGCUUUCUAUUUUUUAUUCUUUUCCAAAAUUAAUUACGAUUUUAUCCAAAACCAAUAUAUGCUACACAGUGGUGCCCCAUGUGAGGCAAGUUUUUUGUUGAACUCAAACACACAAAAGGACCUGGAAGACUUGCUGUGAUAAAUGUAACCAUGAAUUCUGCUGUCUACCAAAAAAAUCCUGAAGUAGAAUGUCCGGCCAUCUGUUUGUGACCUCAAACUGAAAUGAACUCGGAUUCUGCAGCAGGACAAUGAUCCAAAACACACCAGCAAGUCCACCUCUGAAUGGCUGAAGAAAAAAACAAGAUAAAGACUUUGGAGUGGCCCAGUCAAAGUCCUGACCUCAAUCUUAUUGAGAUGUUUUGGCAUGACCUUAAAAAGGCGGUUCAUGCUUGAAAACCCUCCAAUGUGGCUGAAUUACAAUAAUUCUGCAAAGAUGAGUGGGCCAAAUUUCAUGCACAGCGCUGUAAGAGACUUGUUGUUAUUCGAAACGCUUGAUUGCAGUUGUUGCUGCUAAGGGUGGCCCAACCAGUUAUUAGGUUUAGGGGGCAAUCACUUUUUUUCACACAGGGCCAUGUCGGUUUGAAAUUUUUUCCCUCCCUUAAUAAUAAAAACCUUUGUUUAAAAACUGCAUUCUGUGUUUACUUGUCUUUGACUCAUAUUAAAAUUUGUUUGAUGAUGGGAAAAACAAAUAUGCCAAAAAAUUAAUCAGGAAGGUGGCAAACACUUUUUCACACUACUUUACAUCAGGAUUCUGUUCCACCGCCAAUUGUGGAAAAAGUCCUCAGAGGCAGAUAUCUCGAUUGAUCACGUGUUCUCACGAAACUGAAGACAACGAAACACUUCCAGAUAAGCACCGAUGUUACCAGAGUGUUUCCAAAGGUUGCCGGGGCUGUGAGCGAUGUAAAAUGUCAAAAUUAUAAAAGGACUUCUUGUCAUCUGGGGAACCCACUUUUUUGCGGGGGAAAAAAAAUUAUAUUGGGUAAGACGCUUGUUUUUAUUUAUGGUUCUUUCCUUGUUCCUGAGUCAGGGCACUUUUUAACUCACUACAUUCUGUUUCACGUCACAAUUCACGGUGUCAUGACUCGGGAGACGUCAGUUUCACGCAUGAAGAGUUUCGGUCGUAAAUAUUGAACACAUUCAAUAUUUAAGAUUAUCUGCUCAACCCGUUUUGGAACCUAUUAUCGGGACAAAUCCACUCUUAACACACACCAGACCUAAGGAUAAUCUUAUAGGAUAAUCUUAAAAGACAUAAAAUAGUCUGGUGUUUGACAUUUUUGGUCGAGAAGAGGCAAAAUAGGGACAUAAACACACCGAUUGUCUUUGUUUGUACCGGGCUUAAAAGAUGAUUGGUGGCGAUGGGUGGAAUAAGUAGGUUAGAAGUGUUUUAUACAGACUGAAGUAGGUUAAAGUGUUUUUCACAAACUGCAUGAAUCAAUGUUCGGUGUGGUAUUUAGGACAUGCCCACACAGACGCCUUGGCACCGAGAAUAACAAUGAAGACACAAAAUUGUAUGAGGAGGAGAUUUAACGUCUUUGACGCUUCCACAGAUACAAGAAGACUCAGGAGACCCUCUCCCAGGCGGGACAGAAGACCAGUGCGGCUUUCACCACCAUGAGCUCGGCCAUUAGCAGGAAGCUGGGUGACAUGAGAAGGAAGGAUGAGGCGCAACAGUAUUACUGACGGCUGGUUUGGAUGGCCAUUUUUCCUUUCAAGAAUGAUGACCUGGCUCCAGGCGCGGUCUUCACAGUGUUUCAUCUCAGGUCCACAGUGGCUCCCUGCAGAUAUGUUCUUUGUGGCCUCCACAUGUACCCUGGUGGGAGCUUUCCUGCAAUGAACUCCCACACCCUUAUCUGAUUUCCACUUUAUACUAUACUGCAAUAAACACCCUUGUUUACCACCAGACCAAUUAUGCCAUAAAACUCUAUAUCACCUUCAAUACCUGACACAGUGGUGCUGAGAGAUUUCUUAACUGCUCUGGUCUGCCAGUAAUGUUUAUACAAGUAAAAUUCCCGAGAGUUACCUUUGUGGAAAACAUAGGUUUGUGCUUAUCAACUCUAGUCACGCUGUCCCAACUCAUACAUGUAAUUCCAACUCAAAUCUAAUACAUGUCCUGUAAGGUACCACCAAUACGUCUCAUAACCUUUUCCAGUUAUCUGUUUGAUGUUUGCAAAUCCCUUUAAAUUAGUAAUUGGGAGCCUCAAUUUAGUCAUUGUGUUUGGUGCUAUGGUUACCAUAAUUGAAUUAUUAUAUGCCCAUGAGACUAUCCAGGGAAUUACAGGAAUUGGUGUUCCUGACUGUCUGCUACUAUGUCUAACCCUCUGUAAGAGUAAGGGUUGAGUGGUUACUUUAUGGUCCGUUCGUUUAACCUUGGGUGGUUCCCACAAAUACCAUACUAACAGAAAAAUCAAAACAGAUAGCGUUGACAUCCAACACCCCAUAGCUGAUUUUAAACACUUAUGGGUCAUUCUGGUUGAAAUAUCCCCUCUACUUUAGUUUGGCGUCUUAUAAAAUCUUCACUGACUUUCGGGUCUUCCCAGAUUCUAAACAUCUGAGACCACCCUAUUAUCAGACUUUUGCUCACCUCCCUUCUCAGAGUUUUCAACCAUAAUGACCUUUUUACAAUGUGUCAAAUAAAUGCAAGUUGACUUUUCUACUAUCUUUACAGCUGUGGGGGUUGUCAACAAUACUUGAAAUGGGCCUUCCCACUUAGGUGUGUACCAAUGUUUCUUCUUCACACUUCUUACAAGCACCCAGUCCACUAGUUUGGCGUCCUGCUGGGAGACAAAAGGAUCCUUUUUGUACUUGUUGGUUUUUUUCCAACAUUUUCUGCAUGUAGCCAGCUAAAUUAGCUUCAUCAUUUGAUUCCCAUUGGUUCUUAAAUUGAGGUAGUUUAUAAGGCCUUCCAAACAAUGUUUCAUAGGUGUUAGCCCUGAAGUACUUAUGUUUAUAUACAGUUUUACUAAUUCCAAACACUGUGUCCUCUGCCUUCCUGUUUCUUCAAUGCACUUUUUUAAGUCUGUUUUGUAUUGUUCCAUUCAUCCUUUCCACUAAUCCAGCACUUUGAGGGUGUGUUAAAUAUAUUAUAGAAGUUAUCAUUUAUUUGCUUAGCUUGCAUUAGUAUAAUGGACAAUUUUAGAUGUCUCGCCUUCAAAAAGAAGACUCAGCAUCAUCCGAUGGAAGGGCGCCUGGACCAAGGACGUGAUCGGAUGUGGUCGGGUCGUGACAGGUGUUGGUCCAAUAUUAUGUGUUGUGUCUUAUUACUUAGAAUACUAUGUCUGGGAAAAACCCUCUUAUUAUCCAAAUAUUUUGUGUUGUGUCUUAUUGCUUAGAGCAUUAUGAUUUGUAAAUCCCUCCUAUUUCAAAUAAAUGCAGGAGCGAGGGGGGGGAUUGUUUAGAGUGUGUUGAGAGGCUGUGAUCUGAACAAUCUCCCAUACGCCCUCCUCAUGAGAAAAAGAAACCAGUGUCUUCAUUCCUUUUGUGUCUAUUUUUUAUAAUGUUGGGUAAGAUAAAUCCAACAUUAAAUUGGUCCUUCGACCCGGAUGUCAACACACCCGAGGAUUCCAGUUGUGGAGCCGACUUCCAGUUAAGAGACCGUGGCCACGGCAAGUAAGACCCUUUCCGGGACUGGUCUUCGUUCUCCUCAACUGGGAUCUGAAGGUUGACGAAAAUCCACAGGAUUGAAGACGAGUGGUGAGUUAAAUUUUAAAAAAAAUUUGGGGAAAAAAGGAUUAAAGAGUGAGUGAAUUGCGCGACGAAGAAGUCUGCGGCAGAAUAAACCUUCUGUAAUACUAGUCACUGGCAAGUGGUCAAGAUGGACAGCGGAGUCCGACAAAUUCCGUGAGGACGGCGGGGUCCUGUACGUACUUAAAUUCCGUAUUUCUGUGUUUCUGUGUUUCCGUUUUUUCGUGUGUUUAUAAAAACGUUAUUAAUAUCGUGUGUAUGUGUAAAAGUAUGAAUGUCUAAGACUGGAUUGUAAGUGACAACUGGGUUUGGAAGCAAAGGCAAGAAUUCUCCGCCCCAAUUGGGGUAGAAGCUUGAGAAUUGCCAGAACUCAGACAUUUAUUGUCACCCUGUCAUUUUUGAAUAAAGUCAGUAUUUUGGUCACUCUAGGUGCAAAUAAACUGACUUCCAAAAUUCACAAAAAUGGGAAUAAAUAACAGUAAGCCGGAUCAAAAAAUAGACCUAACGUGUAAAGAUUGGAAAUAUGUUCAACUACAAAACCAUUCCAAAAUAUAACAUUUAAAAACGUGGAUAACCAAAUACGGUUUCGCUGGCCAGCUAAAUUCGCAAAAAAUAGUUCAACUUCGAAACGAAAUAAAGUGUCGACACAAAAAUUAUAUAUCACAAAUACAAAAAGAUGGAUUUGACGACUUACUCUUCUGGUUAAACAUGGCGUCUAAAAGAGAAAAAGGAAGGGAGAAUAAGAAACACUUAACAAAUGAACAAAAAGAGCAGGAAGGUAGGCAUAAAAAUAUGUUGUUUCAAAGACAGGAAGAUGACGAGACAGGACCAAUAAUAAGAAUUAGCGAGAAAAAGAUAAUUGAAGAAAGUUGUAAAAAAAAAAAAUGAGGAAACAAAAGCAUCAGCACCCUUGUAUCCGGUUUUGCCACCUCAUGAACUUCCUCCAACUCAAGAGGCACAAACACAACGAAUUUUACGAUCAGGAGGGGUACAAAUGAAUUGGUCUAAAACUAUGGUAGAAACAUUUUCUCCCAUUCCCAAAAUAACAAAUAUAACCUCAGACGGCAUCACACCUUAUCAACAACAGUUAAAAAAUGCUUUACAUGCGAAUUCGAAAGAACACAUUAACAGAUGGGUAGAUAAACAUUGGAUAAACCUAGCAACUGGCCCUCUGGAGGAAUAUGUUAAUCAUGCCCUCCACGCAGAAAGAGUGUUAGACAAAAAACAAAAAGAGAAGAUAGAUGUCUUCCUCGACGAAGAAGCAGAAAUAUACUAUCAAGGCAGAGAGAGAGAUAAUUUUAGAGGACGCGGCAGAGACCGUGGGAGUGUAAGAUAUGGUAGAAAUCGAAAUUAUUAUGAUAAUACCAUCUGUUGGUGCUGUGGAAACAAAGGCCACAUUGCACGUGACUGCUCUAAAAAAAAUAAAUAAAUAAAAAAUAAAAGAGAAUACGGACAAACUACCGCAUGACUAGGCCAGCCUGCUUCCCAACUCAACAAAUCCUCUUGAGGAGAGAAUGAGGAGGUGGAUUUCAAUUUACAGGACAUUCUGAGUUUGGACACUGAAAAACCUGAAAUAACCUUGUCAGUAAAUGGGAAAGAAAUGAAAUUUCUUUGUGAUACAGGAGCAUUAGAGACCCACAGGGAGAACUUGUAGAAUGCCCAUUUUCGAAGUCCCGGAGUGCCCUGUGAAUUUGUUGGGAAGAGAUGGCUUAUUCCAACUAGGACUUGUACUCAAACAUGAAUUAAACAUAAAUUAAAAAGAGAGGACCUCUAUGUAACACUGGAAAACAGAGAAAGUACAUUCUAUUACACAAUCGAUAUCCCAGACAAACCACCGUUAAACAUGGGAAAGGCCCUGUUGUCUGCAGCCUUGCAGCUUAUCACAAAAAUAGAAGAUAAAAAAGAAUGUGAUGAGCUGCAGUAAUACAGAGAGCAGCAUGCGUACCAAACCCACGCACAUUGUUAAAUUCAUUAAGACCAGACGCUACUGUGUUUACAGUAGUGGACAUAAGUAAUGCAUUCUUUUCAGUACCAAUAGAAAAUAACAGUCAAUUUUGGUUUGCAUUCACAUUUGAGAAAAAAAAAAUAUAUAUACAUUUACUAGAUUACUGCAAGGUUACUGUGAAAAGUCCAACUAAUUGUUCACAAGUUAUGACAACACGCAUGUCUUCUGGCAUCUACAGAUGGAGAGACAUGCAAAGAUUUAUUGACCUUACUGCAUCAUCUAACAGAAGAGGGACAUAAAGUUAACAAAAUUAAAUUGCAAUGAUGUAAAAGACAAGUCAAAUAUCUAGGCCAUAAUUUAAGUAUAGGAGGAAAGACUAUAUUAGAAGACAGGAAAGCUAUAGUCUUAAAAAAUCCUAAACCACAGACGAAGAAACAUAUAAUAAUCAUUUUUAGGUUUGACAAAUUAUUGUAGAGCAUGGAUUUCAAACUAUGCAGAAAUUGUUGCACUUUUGUCAAAAUUAAUGUAUGAAAACAACCUUAAAAUUAUAUCACCUGUUUAAUGGAGUACAGAGGCAGAAAAGGCCUUCUGUGACAUUAAACAACAUUUGGUGUCCAGUGCUGCGCUAGGCCUUCCAAAUUUAAUGAUAAAACAUUCAUUCAAUGGUAGAUUGUAAAAGCUAUUGCAUGACCUCCGUACUUACACAACAAUACGGUGAUAAGCUAAGACCAAUAGCUUAUUUUUCAACUAGAGAGCAGUUCACCCUUAAGGUCCCACAUACAGUGUCUGCUCUCCUAUUGCAAACCAAUAUGGCGUUUUUAUCACCUGCAAGACAUUUAUCUUGCAUUGCCAUCUUGCUGUCACAACCACAUUUGACUGUUGAGCGAUGCACAACCUUAAAUCCAGCCACACUAAUACCCUUACUUGAUGAAGGCACGCAGCAUGACUGACAGGAAUUGGCUGAACAAGCUGCUGAAUUAGUAGCAUUAAACAAGGCAUGCAAACUAAUGAUAAAUAAAGAUGGUACAAUCUAUACUGAUAGCCAAUAUGAGUAUUCCACAACAAGACCGUAAUUAUUGUGAGAAACAAAGUGCAAAACUACAAAAUUAAAUUUACAUUAGCACAGGAAAAAAAUAAAAAAAUAAAAAUACCCUAUUCAAAUGGGCUGCUAUAUUGAGCCAUGCUGUGUCACAUGUCUCAACCGGAGGGAUGGUGGCACAGAUAGAUUGACACUUUACAGCCCUAAAAAAUAGCAGAAAGAAACACGUGGGUUCAUUUAACACACUGUAAAAGAGUCAUUUCAGCUGAGUACUCAAAUAGGGAAGGUGAGCAAAAGUCUGAUAACGGAGCGGGAGCAGAUGUGUAGAUUCUGAAAACGCUUGCUGGUCAGUGAAGAAAAAAGACACCAACCCUUUUAGUGAGAACUCAGCAGAAAGGCACACCCACGUUGGUUAUGAGAUUCGCUAAGUUGUUACGUAGCAACUUUGGCAACUAUGAUGUUGGUUUUGUUUUUGUGGUACAUGGGACGUCCCACCCUCAAUGAUAAAACCCAUUUUUUAGAUAGAAAAUCACCUACCAACUGGACCAAUAUGACAAACCCAAUAAUAAAAAUUUUUGAAUCAUUAACUCGUGUCAAAAGGAGUACAGCUGAUGAUCAAAAUUGUGGGCAUGGCCUCCAAACGCGGCAAAAAGGUUUAAUAUUUUGUGCCCCCCAAAAUCAAGCUGCUUUAAUCAUAAUUCCAUAUUAUCUCACCAAUGAUGCUCAAGAGAAUGGGCAGAAUUGGGGAUUUAGAUAUGACUGGUAUGCAACUAUAGGCUUUGAAUGGGAACACCUUAUUGGUGAAACAGGUUAUGAUUGGUCCAGUUGGUCAAAAAGAACAGCAAAAGAACAUAGAAAGAAAUUUAACCUAAGCAAAACGGUCCAUAGUUUAAUAUUGAAAUACGAAUCAAAUCACCCAAUGUGUUUGACGGUGAGCUUGUGGGCAUAUUCUGGUGGAAAAGAUCCCCACUUCCAAGUAGUAUUGUGUUAUAGGAACCGUGUUAAACCAAAAAUGCCAUUGAAAACUUCAAAGAAAGGUGGACAAAUUUUAAUGGUUAACAACAUAACUACUGAUGAUUGGUUCCUUGUUGUCACAGGAGUUUCAGGACAAAAUAAUAAUUGGUUACUAUUGGUGGAACAAGCAGCAAAUGUAACGAGAAAAGAUUGUGUAGUUUGCAUGGGUCCCAGGCCUUUGUUGCGCAUAGUUCCGGCACAAUUAUCACAAGAUUGUCUUAUUCCAUUCAUGAACGCUACUGUACCAACUAAGAGGUGUAAAUCAUGGGAUCCUAUAUAUCCCGUAAAAGAAGCAGAUAAACACAAACCGAUGUUUUCUACUUUAGUAGCACCAAAUAAUUUCACUUGUAUAAACAUGAUUAAUAAAGGGAAAAAAUUAGGACCACUGAACGACACACAGUGUAAAGUAAUCUUAAAAGUCAGACCAAAUUUUGUACCAAUAUCACGGAGCGACAUCUGGUGGUGGUGCGGAGAUGAUAGACUGUUUGAUAGAUUACCUAAAGAUAUAUCUGGAUUAUGCGCUAUUAUUACUUUGAUAUUGCAUGUGUCAGUAUACCCUAUGCCUGUUCAAGAUUUAAUGGAAAGGGCACCAAUGUUUUUGUCCAGUCUAGAACAUAUACAAAAAAGAGAUUUGUCCUGGCAGGGGCAAAAUAAUCCAACAUACAUCGACGCCAUAGGUGUUCCUCGUGGGGUGCCGAAUCAAUAUAAAUUGGCUGACCAAGUUGCAAGAGGAUUUGAGUCUUUCAUAUGCUAGUGGUGUACGAUUAAUAAAAAUGUUGAUAGGAUAAACUACAUCCACUUCAAUGUACAGAGAUUAGGAAAUUGGACUCAGAGUGGGUUGGAAGCUGUGCAUGAGCAGCUCAAGGCUACCUCUUUAAUGACGUUCCAGAACCGCAUAGCUGUCGACAUGCCCCUCGCAAGAGAGGGAGGUGUUUGCGGUAUGUUUGGAGAACAAUGUACAUACAUUCCAAACAAUACUGCUUCGGAUGGCAGCUUGACCAGAGCCAUCGAUGGUCUACGGACCCUCAAUCACAAGAUGAAGAACCACUCUGGGGUGGACACCUCCUUGUGGGACAGCUCGGAUGGACGUUUUUGGUAAAUAUAAAACCCUAAUUUCACCAAUAUUGAUAUCAAUUGCUGUUUUUGCAGCCAUUCUGACAUUAUGUGGAUGUUGUUGUAUCCCAUGCAUUCGGGCAUUAAUCAGUAAAUUAAUCACCACAGCAAUAACCCCCAUGGAGAAAUCGUAUGGAGCUGAUGUAUCCAUUACUGUAUGAUGAUAAUGAUGAUUAUGAUGAUAAUGAUGAUAUUGCUUUAACUGAUUUGUUUCCUGAUACAGAUGAUUCCGAUGUUUAAAAUACAACAUUCAUAUAUGACAAGUUUACUCUGAGUGUAAAUGUAUUUGUUUCAUAAAAAUGAUUCUACAGUUAAAAAUCGAAAUGAAGUGACUGUAAGAUGAUAUGAGAAUUUGUGCAAAUACAUGAUAAACAGGAGGGAAAUGUUAAAUAUAUUAUAGAAGUUAUCAUUUAUUUGCUUAGCUUGCAUUAAUAUAAUGGAC